AUGUCCUUCAACACCGACCCUGCAAACCUGGCUCCCUCAGGGGAACCUACGCCCACACCCUCCCGUCCCAUCCACCCUGACUAUCACCUGCGCGAUGGCUACCCUAACAUCCCCGAAUACCUUGGCCUCCGCAGAACGCCAAACCUAUCCCACAAGACAGAGGAACAGGCCAUCCUGGCUCUCCCUGGCAGCUGGUUCGGUUGCUGCGUCGUACACACCGAGACUAAUACCACAGUCGGGAUGGGCAGGAUCGUUGGUGAUGGCGGCUGGUACUUUCAUAUCGUAGAUAUGGUGGUGGCAGCGGAGCACCAGCGAAAGGGACUUGGAGAUGUAGUUCUUGCGAGGCUGCUGGAGAGGAUCAGAGAGGUUGCGCCUCCAGGGGCGUGGGUUUCGCUCUUGGCUGAUCCGCCGGGUAGGAAGUUAUAUGCUAAACAUGGCUUUAAGGAGACGGCGCCUCAUUCGAUCGGGAUGGCGCUAGAUCUUUAG